AUGGCCAUUGGCAUGCGUAACUUCUCCCUCAACAUCACGAGGUCCCUUUAUGCAGAGAAAGCUGUUGGCACCAAUGGCGAAUUUGCCAAAAGGCUUUGGGAAAUUCGUGAUAAGACAAGGGAUGACGCCUUUGUUUACCUCAGGGGCAUUUUCGCGAUUUCAGCCAUUUUUGUCGCUUCUAUAAGCAAGUACCUUGAGCAUUAUGAAGCUCUGAAAUAUGAAGAAUGGGUUGACAUGAUCUCAGACAUCCUAGAAGAGACCGUUGGUUACAGAGGGCUUUGCGAAGCGGUACUUAAGAUGCACCAAGACAUCAUUGAAUCCUCUAAAAGGAGGAAAGACGAAGCAAAUUUGAUGGCCAGAGAAUUGUUAGCUUCAUAUAGCCUAAUCCCUGCUCUUGACAGUUUCAUAGAUGGCCUUAUGAAGGCAGCAGCAUUCUUCUCAAUGAUGGAACAGGAACUUCGCAAUUUUGAAGGCAAAGCUGAAAAAGCCCAGGGCGCGCCCAAAAAGCUUACGAAGUGA